AUGGGCGACAGCGAAUGGGAGAAAUACGUGGACGAGGCAUCAGGCUCAGCGUAUUAUUACAACACAAGCACAGGUGAGUCAUCAUGGGAAGUCCCAGCAGGCUUGAAACCUCUGUUGGCGUCGGAUAUGAGCGAGGACUGCAAGACAACAAAGUGGCGUGAGUUUGUGGACGAUGCAUCUGGAGCUACGUAUUACUAUGAUGAAGUAAACGGCGUCAGUCGUUGGGAUAAACCUGAAGAUUCUUCAUAUGAAGAGAACGAGGAGGAAGCAAUCGAAGAUCAGAAUAAUAAGCAGGAGAGUAAGACUCAGGACAAUGAGAAGCAGCGAGACGAGAGUGUUGUAUUAGAACAGGAGGCACAAGGAGAACAGAAUGAGGACAACGGGGAGAAUGAAGAGAGAGACGACGUGUCUAGUUGUGAUAAUAAGUCUCAAUACAAUGAGAAAAAAGCAGAAGAGAUGCAAGAGAACAAUGCUGCUCGUGCUACUGCUGAGCAGUGGGUGAAGUAUAUGGAUGCUGCUAGUAACAAGCCGUACUACUUUAAUGCCAGUACAGGAAAGACACAGUGGGAGGAACCUGAGGGCUUUGAUGAGUCAGCACAAGCAGCAUUUUUCUUGACGGAUCAUCGGGUAUCCGCUGAGUAUCAGGCUUAUUUAAAUAUGGUGCGUACUAAACGACUGGCACGGGUGACCCAGCAAGUACUGGAUCCAUCGGGCAAUUUGAGUAAACUGAACACUAUUUUAAGCGACAUUGAUAGUAAGGCUCCUCUUGCUGCGGCUAAUGGAGAUGGAGAGACUGCUUCUGACGCUUCUCAGAUCGAAACAGCAGAGUGGCAACAACAUAUCGACGCGCAGACGCAGCGAUAUUAUUACCACAAUAUGGUCACGGGAGCUACGCAGUGGAACAAGCCAGAUGCACCUAUUGUCUCAGGGUUGGCGAAUUGGAUUCCACCGGAGGUGCCCGAGUCCAAUUCUACUGGUAGAGAUAAAACCAUUUCGGGUGUGAAUUAUGUAGCACGGGCAAAGUUCAACCGACUUACGGGAAAGUACGAGCAGCUUGGUGGUGACGAUUACUGGCAAAAUGUGGGAAUCGCAUCGGAUCGUGCGGGACGCCAGAUGAGCCAUUUUUUCGAUAUGACCGGGCUCGAGAAAAAUCGUGAAGAAGCACUUCGCAGAAAAGAGGAAUUGAAACGUAAGAACAUUGAUUGGAAGAAAAUAACGGCGGAGAAGAAGGCCAAGAAGCAGAAGCAGAGGAACGCGUGGCUAUUGACUGAUUAA